AUGCAAACUCGCAAAGCAGUGGCGCCACAACGACGAGAGGUCGACCGGACCUUACGAUUCACCAAGGAUGGUACAUUUCAAAUAUCAGUAUUUAGUGAUUUGCAUUUUGCAGAAGACGAUGGAAAGGACAACAAAACACGAGAAGUGAUUGGAACAGUGCUCUCAUCAGAGGAUGCCCAGCUCGUCGUAUUAAAUGGAGACCUAAUAUCCGGCGAAGCGGUCAAAAGCGCCAAUUCUUCCGGCAAAUACCUCGAUCGGAUCGUGGAACCAGUAAUCGACGACGAUUUACCAUGGGCAUCGACAUACGGGAACCAUGACAGUGAGCUCAAUCUUGAUCCCGAGGACAUAUUUCGCCGAGAAAAGACAUAUCCGAAUUCCUUAACGCAGCAGCAAGUGUCGGGCUCUACCGCUGGAAUAACGAACUAUUACCUGCCAGUCUUUGCACACGAUGCUUCGGACGAUGCGACGCCGGAGUUCAUAUUGUGGUUCUUUGAUAGUCAGGGUGGCCACUAUCACAUUGAUAAAAACUAUAACGGGACCUCGGUUCCGAGGCAGAACUGGGUCGAUGAUUCGGUUCUGCAAUGGUUCAAAAAAGCCAAAGAAAAUCUCACAGACACAUACGGCGACCCAAUCCCAUCUCUGGCCUUCGUUCAUAUUCCAGUUUACCCAAUGCGUGCGUUCCAAAAGGCUGGUGUGAGUUCGAGUAAGGAACCGGGAAUCAAUGGCGAACGAGUCCAGCAACAAGGGUACGGCAAUGAUGGCAUCGAAUACGACUCUCAGGAUAGUUCCUUUAUUCAGGCGUUGUUGAACACCACAGGGCUUGUAGCGACGUUCAGUGGUCAUGAUCAUGAUAAUGAUUGGUGCUUUAAAUGGAACGGUACACUAUCCGGUCUCGACGUUGAAGGGAACGGCAUCAACAUGUGCUACGGUCGACAUACGGGGUAUGGUGGAUACGGGGACUGGGCUCGUGGGGGCAGACAGAUCUUGUUAGAUCAGCAGCUGCUUGGAGAUGAUGUACGCACUUGGGUUCGGUUGGAAGAUGGGUCUGUUUCUGGAAAUGUCCAUUUGAACAACACCUAUGGGCAAGAUCAAUAUCGGUUGGUGGAGAAGAGAAUGACUGGCCAGGGUGACAUUCUUUCUUCGCAGAUUUCCUCUGUUGUCUAUAUCUGGGUAUUUUUCUUUUCCUUAUUUAUGGCUCAUAGAUAUUGA